AUGUUUGGUACCUUUAUAUUUUGGCUUCUACUAGUGGGCUUAUUCUUAUGGAAUUAUAAAUUUGUUUUCAAUAAUAGAGUUAUAAAGAAUUUCAAUUUCAGGCAUGCAUUGAAAAAGUCUGAGAUAAAUGAUUAUAUCAGAUCAUUGAAAUCUAAUAUCCAUUUAUUAAAGAUUGAUGAAGAACCAGAGGAACAACAUUCAAGGAACAAUAAAGGUUCACAAGUGGUAGUACGUGUGAUUUUCAGUUUGGUGGUGAGUUUGGGAACAGAAUUGAUCUUAUUAAUCCUUGGAGAACUAUUAGAGUUCAGCCAUGGUUCAUUCUUUCAUUUGAUAAUUGAUUCCUUAGUGAUACUAGUUUCAAUUAUAGUUCCGUUGUUGAUUAUUGUCAUAUCUAUAACUCAUGAUGUUAUACCGAAGCGUACAUCCACAUUGGAAAAGGUUGCCUCGGUAAUACUAUUUUUAGGAUGGUUAUUUGUUCUCAACAGAUUUGGACAUAUCUAUGAAACAUCAUCAUCCCAAUCUAUAGUGGACAGGAAAAUUAGUGAAAUAGCUAUUUUUGGUAUCACAAUUAUAUCGAUCCUUUCAGGUAUUGGGUCGGCUUCAACCAUCUAUAAAAUCAUUAAAGAUUAUAAUCGUCGAAAAAUCAAUGAGUAUGAUUUGAACAAUUUAAUCUCCAGUUACAACAAUACGAAUAUCUUAAUCAAUAAAAGACAAUUGGAAUUAGAAGAAUCAAGUAUUAAAUUAGGUAAGGAUUAUUCGAAAGGUGGGGGACUUCUUCAUAAAGUUCAAUCAUUUGCAACUUUGAAAGUGAGCGAUAAUUUUGAGUUAACUCAAGAGAUUGAUACUUUAAAGAAGCUUAACAACUCCAUUUAUGAUGACAUCAAUAAAUCUUUACUUAUUUAUAGUCAACAGCAAUCUGGCGCUACGUUUUUGGAUAUAGCAGGGAAAUAUUUCAAUUAUGGAUUUGCUGUCUAUUGUAUUUAUAGAAUUCUAAUGGUGAUGAUAAAAAUACCCAUCAGCUUCUUUAUAGAGAAAAAACCUCAAGUCAAUUCAUUGAAUGAAAUUGAAAGUAGCGAUGCAUUAGCCAUUACUAUUAGUAAAAUUAUUAGCUCCAUAUUCACAUUUAGCAUCUCAGAAAAUCAAUUGAUUAACAUUAUAAGCUUUACCUUAUCCGGAGGGUUAUUCUUGGGCUCCAUAUCGAAUGUUCUUAUGACAUUCAAAUCAUUUGGGAAACUUUUCCCGAUCGUUCAAGUACCGACGGAAAACUUGAAUUAUUUGAAGCAUCUAUUUAUAAGUCAAUUGUUAUCGAUUUACAUAAUCGCAACUUGUUUACUAAUUCGGAUCAAUCUCCCUUCCAACCUUUCUAACCAAAUAUCCAAGAUAUUAUCAUUAUCGGGGUCAGCAGAGGAUUAUUAUAGUGAGAUUGAAUUUAUUGAUUAUUGGUUUGAUUUGAUUUUUGGCAUUUCUGUAAUAGCUACAUCUUGUUCGUUCUUAAUAGAAAAUAAUGAUGUGGCUUUUGAUGAAGAGAGUUUCAUGGAAGACAAGACAUAUAAAUUCGUCUAA